CAGUGUCUGGGUGUGGUGAGUGGAGGUGUGUGUCACAAGGUACAGACCGUUGUGUGUCACAAAACCCAUUGUGUGUCUGUGUGUGUCUUUCUCCACGUGGAUGGAUGUCUCUUCUUCGCUCUGCCCCAAGACACACCCCUGCCCCUCCUUAGUCUCGAAAGGGGGGGCUGGGGAGCCUCCCCCUACCCCGAGGCCUCCCCUGCCCCUCCCCGCCCUGCCUGGCCGUCACCACUCCCCAGAGGGCACAGGGCUCUGCUGUGCCUCAGAGAAAAAGUCCCGGAGCCAGCAGAGCAGGCUGACGACCUGCAAGCCACAGUGGCUGCCCUGUGCAUGCUGCGAGGUGGGGGACCCUGGGCAGGAAGCUGGCUGAGCCCCAAGACCCCGGGGGACAUGGGCGGGGAUCUGGUGCUUGGCCUGGGGGCCCUGAGGCGCCGAAAGCACUUGCUGGAGCAGGAGAAGUCUCUGGCCGGCUGGGCACUGGCGCUGGCGGGAAUUGGCAUCGGACUCAUGGUGCUGCAUGCAGAGAUGCUGUGGUUCGGGGGGUGCUCGUGGGCGCUCUACCUGUUCCUGGUUAAAUGCAUUAUCAGCAUUUCCACCUUCUUACUCCUCUGCCUCAUCGUGGCCUUUCACGCCAAAGAGGUCCAGCUGUUCAUGACCGACAACGGGCUGCGGGACUGGCGCGUGGCGCUGACCGGGCGGCAGGCGGCGCAGAUCCUGCUGGAGCUGGCGGUGUGCGGGCUGCACCCGGCGCCUGUGGGGGGCCCGCCGUGCGCACAGGGUUCAGGGUCGCCGCUGACCUCGUUGCAGCCCUGGCCGGGAUUCCUGAGCCAGGGGGAAGCGCUGCUGUCGCUGGCCAUGCUGCUGCGCCUCUACCUGGUGCCCCGCGCCGUGCUCCUGCGCAGCGGCGUCCUGCUCAACGCCUCCUACCGCAGCAUCGGCGCGCUCAACCAGGUCCGCUUCCGCCACUGGUUCGUGGCCAAGCUUUACAUGAACACGCACCCCGGCCGCCUGCUGCUCGGCCUCACGCUCGGCCUCUGGCUGACCACCGCCUGGGUGCUGUCCGUGGCUGAAAGGCAGGCCGUUAACGCCACCGGGCACCUCUCCGACACACUGUGGCUGAUCCCCAUCACAUUCCUGACCAUUGGCUAUGGUGACGUGGUGCCGGGCACCAUAUGGGGCAAGAUCGUCUGCCUCUGCACUGGAGUCAUGGGGGUCUGCUGCACAGCACUGCUGGUGGCCGUGGUGGCCCGGAAGCUGGAGUUCAACAAGGCGGAGAAACAUGUUCACAACUUCAUGAUGGAUAUCCAGUAUGCCAAAGAGAUGAAGGAGUCCGCUGCUCGAGUGCUGCAAGAAGCCUGGAGAUUCUACAAACAUACUCGCAGGAAGGAGUCCCGAGCUGCCCGCAGGCAUCAGCGCAGGCUGCUGGCUGCCAUCAGCGCGUUCCGCCAGGUGCGGCUGAAACACAGGAAGCUCCGGGAACAAGUGAACUCCAUGGUGGACAUCUCCAAGAUGCACAUGAUCCUGUAUGACCUGCAGCUGAAUCUGAGCAGCUCACACCGGGCCCUGGAGAAACAGAUUGACACGCUGUCGGGGAAGCUGGAUGCCGUGACCGAGCUGCUUAGCACAGCCCUGGGGCCGCGGCAGCUUCCAGAACCCAGCCAGGAGGCCACGUAGCUGGACCCAGGGAGGAGGAACAGGCUACUUUCCCCAGGACUGAGGUGAUGGACACCCUCUCUGCCACUCCUGACCCAGCCCUGAACAAAGCACCUCAAGUGCAGAAAGCAAAGGGGGCCCGUGGCUUGGAGUGGGUUGGCUCGCUGACGGCUGCUGGAGGGGACGCUGGCUGAAGUGGGGGGGGCCCUGGCCCACCUGAGACCACAAGGUGGGAACAUGGUCACCGCCACUCUGCAUACCCUCAUUCAAAAACACUGUCACUGUGCUGCUAUGGACGACCUCCGACUCUCGGUUACAAGUGGAGGUGCCCUGGAGGCCGGACUCCUGGGUCUCUGGGGAAGAGGGCCCUGGGGGCCCGGAUCCAGGAUUCUGGGAGGCUUCAGUUACCGCUGGCCGAGCUGAAGCACUGGGUAUGAGGCUGGGGUGGGACAGGAGGUGGCACACCCUGGCGGAAGAACAAAGAGGACACCAUUUUCCCAGAGCUGCAGAGAACAGCUGGUGGGGGAGGAAGAAGUGUAACUCACCAGCCUCUGCUCUUAUCUUUGUAAUAAAUGUUAAACAAAGCCAGAA